GCCCUUUCAACCGCCUCAGCUCUCGAGUUCUUCGCGACUGAGAAACCCCCCUCUCUCCCCUCUCCCUUCAUCGUCUUCAUCCUGCUCUUGCCUCGCGAGCCGCUCGAAUCGUUCGCGCGGCUCGCCGCAAAUCUGAUCUCCGAAUCGAAACUGCGUCCCACCCCCCCGAAAAAGGAGAUGGUGGAACUCCAGGAGCAACCCGCGUCCGUCCAAGACGCGGUCUACAAGCUGCAGCACUUCCUCUUCGAGGGCAUCGACAGCGAGGCCCAGCUCCUCGCGGCCGGUUCGAUCGUGUCGUGCCGCGACUACGAGGACGUGGCCGUCGAGAGGUCGAUCGCCAACCUCUGCGGCUACCCACUUUGCGCGAACCCCUUGCCCGCGGACCGCCCGCGGAAGGGGCGGUACAGGAUUUCGCUGAAGGAGCACAAGGUGUAUGAUUUGCACGAGACUUACAUGUAUUGUUCGUCGGGCUGCGUCGUCAAUAGCCGGGCUUUCGCGGGGAGCUUGCAACCGGAGAGGUGUGCGGUUUUGGACGUGCUGAAGAUGGAGGAGGUUUUGAGGGUAUUUGGGGAUAAGGGUUUGGCAUCCGAGGGGGAGGAGAGGGCGGAUAAAGUCGGGGAAUUGGGGAUGUCUGAGUUGAAGAUACAAGAGAAUGAAGAGAAUAAGGCGGGGGAAGUGAACUUGGAAGAGUGGAUUGGUCCUACGGAUGCGAUUGAAGGUUAUGUUCCUCGGAGAAGAGAUGAUAUGGCCGCCGCAGCGUCUUCGCGUGCAAAGAAGGAAAGUAGACAAGGGUCCAAAUCCAGAAACUCUAAGCCAAGUAAAAAAGAGCUAAUAAUUAAUGACAUGGACUUCACAAGUACUAUAAUCACUCAAGAUGAAUAUAGCAUUUCAAAGUUGCCUGUGAAUUCAGUGGAGGAAGUUUCUGCCGCAACAAUGAAAGAAUCAAAAGGGGAAAAAGUACAUGGCAAUGAUACACAGAGUUGUCGUACUGUAAUUGAGACUUCAUCUGCAAAGCCGAGAACUUCCAAGAUAAGCCAAAGUGAAUUGAAAGGGAAGAGCUACGACAUCACAGAAGAUGAAUACGGUUCUCAAAAAGUUCCUUCCCCUUCAGAAGUUUGUCAAAGUGGAUCCCUAAGUCGUGUUACAGGAGCAGAAGGAGCAGUUAAUGAUGGUAUAUCAGAUGGAAGAUCAACAGAAACCAAGCUGAAGCCCUCGCUUAAGUCUACAGGCGCAAAGAAAGUUAAUCGUUCUGUUACAUGGGCUGAUGAGAAAGCUAGUGCAACCGAUGGGGGAAAUCUUUGCGAGACUAGAGAAAUGGUGGACAAAAAGGAACCUCUUCCAACAUCUGGCAUUGAAACUGUGCAAGAUGAUGAAAAUCUGCUGCGCUUUUCAUCAGCUGAAGCCUGUGCAAUGGCCUUGAGUCGGGCUGCUGAGGCUGCUGCAUCUGGAGAAUCUGAUGUCUUUGAUUCUGCUGGAUUGAUUUUAUUGCCACAUCCACAUGAUGUGGAUGGAAAAGAACCUAUCGAGGACACUGAUCCACUGGAAGUAGACCCAGUCUCCGUAAAGUGGCCAAAGAAACCUGGGAUUCCGACCGCUGAUUUAUUUGAUGCUGAUGACUCAUAUUAUGAUGCCCCGCCAGAUGGAUUUAGUUUGACUUUGUCUCCUUUCGCAACCAUGUGGGGUGCCCUUUUUGCAUGGAUAACAUCAUCUACUUUGGCUUAUAUAUAUGGCAAAGAUGAAAGCUUUCAUGAAGAAUACAUGUCAGUUAAUGGCAGAGAGUACCCACUAAAGAUUAUACUGCCUGAUGGCCGCUCUACUGAAAUUAAGCAAACUCUCGCUGGUUGUCUUUCUCGAGCUUUACCUGGAGUGGUUUCUGAUCUCAGGCUGCCAACGCCAGUAUCCACCCUCGAGCAAGGAUUGGGUCGUUUGUUGGAUACAAUGUCAUUUAUGGAUUCUAUUCCUGCAUUGCGUACAAAGCAGUGGCAAGUGAUUGUUCUUCUCUUUAUUGAUGCUCUCUCCGUUUGUCGAGUUCCUGUGCUGACUGCACACAUGACCAAUAGGCAUCCCUCGCUGCAGAAGGUGCUGCAGGGCGCCCGAAUGAGCGUGGAAGAGUACGAGAUCAUGAAGGAUCUUUUAAUACCUCUGGGCAGAGCACCUCAGUUCUCGGCACAGUGUGGAGCUUAGUGGUGCAGAACUGGUCAACUGCAAUUUUGAUGCACAACCUUAUUCUGUCUUGUGGAACGAGAUCUUACUUAUGCUGAAAGCAGUUAAACUCGGAUGCGGAAGUAUGAAAACCGAAGACUCGAGUAACUUUUGUAGGAACUUAGAAGGUACUUGUGGAUAUUGGACUUGGGAGUGGCUAAAUUGCAUUCUUUGAAAACUUGUACAUGCAUUUAACCUUCUACUGAUUCUGCAAGCAACUGGAUUAUUUUCUUCUAAA